AAGCACUUGAAGGGGAAUAAAACCCCUAGGUUGCUAAAGGAAAAGGGUAUUACAGAGCAGGAUGGCGAGGGGCAAAGCUCUGCUGCUCUUCCAUGGAUUUGUCCUGCUGGCUCUGUGUAGACCCUCACUUCAAGGAGGAGUCUACAUACCAGCUGCAGGAGGAGGAGGAGCUGGGCCUGGAGUAGGGGCUGGCAUCGGACCUGGUGCUGGAGCUGGUCCAGUAGGGGGCGUUGGAGCUGGACUUGGUACUGGAAUUAGUUCUGGUGUAGGAGUAGGCCCAGGAAUCGGUCCUGGAGGUUUAGGGACCGGAGUCCUUCCAGGGAGUGGUCUUGGUGCUGGUCCUGGAGGUGCACUGGGAACUGGACCAGGAAUUGGCACCAGUCCUGGAGCAGGAGUACCAGGGAGGUUUUUUGGUUACAAGCCAGGGAAGACAGCUGGUCCUGGUACAGCAGGGACUGCAUUUGGUACCGGUACUGGUGGGCCAGGACUUGGAACUGGCGCAUUUGUUCCUGGUACUGGUACAGGAGGAAUAGGACCAGGUGGUUAUGGCACAGGCCCUGGCGCAGGUGGACCAGUCACUGGGGGUAUUGGAACUGGUGGAAUAGGUGUUGGUGGCUUGGGAACUGGAGGACUUGGUCCUGGAGCUGCUGUCAAGCCUCCAAAAACAGGAUAUGGUGCUCAGGGACUUGGAACUGGUGCUUUUGGAGGAGGCUUAGGUGGACUUGGCCCCAGCCAGAGUGUUGGGGGUUUUGGACCUGGAGGAGUUGGACCAGGAGGAGUUGGUCCAAGUGGGACUGGUCUUGGAAGAUAUGGUCCUGGAGGAGUUGGACAAGGAGGAAUUGUUCCAGGAGGAGUUGGUCCAGGAGGAGUUGGUCCAGGUGGGACUGGUCUAGGAGGAUAUGGUCCUGGAGGAGUUGGACAAGGAGGAAUUGUUCCAGGAGGAGUUGGACCAGGAGGAGUUGGUCCAAGUGGGGCUGGUCUAGGAGGAUAUGGUCCUGGAGGAGUCAGACCGGGAGGUGUUGGCUCAGGUGGAAUUGGUUCAGGAAUUGGACCAGGAGGCACCAGACCAGGAGGAGCUGGCUCAGGUGGAAUUGGUCUUUAUCCUGGACAGAAACCACCAAAAACUGGUCUUGGUGGAUCUGGAUAUGUUCCAGGUGGUGUAGGAGUCAGACCUGGUGGUUCUGCAAUUGGAUUUGGAGGUGGUCCAGGUGGUGCAGGUUCCGGCCCUGGUGGAGCUGGAUUUGGCCCUGGUGGAGCUGGAGUUGGCCCAGGUGGAGCUGGAUUUGGCCCUGGUGGAGCUGGAUUUGGCCCUGGUGGAGCUGGAGUUGGCCCAGGUGGAGCUGGAUUUGGCCCUGGUGGAGCUGGAUUUGGCCCUGGUGGUGCUGGAGUUGGCCCAGGUGGUGCUGGAGUUGGCCCAGGUGGAACUGGAGUUGUUCCUGGCGGAACUGGAGUUGGCCCUGGUGGAGCUGGAUUUGGCCCUGGUGGAACUGGGGUUGGACCAGGUGGUGCUGGAGUUGGCCCAGGUGGUGCUGGAGUUGGCCCAGGUGGAACUGGAGUCGUUCCUGGCGGAAGUGGAGUUGGCCCUGGUGGAGCUGGAUUUGGCCCUGGUGGAACUGGAGUCGUUCCUGGCGGAAGUGGAGUUGGACCAGGUGGAGCUGGAUUUGGCCCUGGUGGAACUGGAGUUGGCCCAGGUGGAGCUGGAGUUGGACCUGGUGGAGCUGGAUUUGGCCCAGGUGGAGCUGGAGUUGGACCAGGUGGAGCUGGAUUUGGCCCUGGAGGAGCACCUACUUUGCCACAAUCUGGAUUACCAAGUACAGGAACAGGUUCUGGACGCAAAUUUGGCAAGCCAGGGAAGGCACCGGUACCAGGUAUUAAUAUUCCUGGGUUGUACCAAGGUGGUAUUGUUCCUGGACAAGGUUUUGGUGGUCAAGGUGUCCUGCCAGGCGUAGCUACAGGAUCUCAGACUGCUCAGCUUGGUCAAGGUGGACUUGGAGCCAAUGGUGGACGUGGGAGCUUUGCUGGACAACAGUUACCAGGAGUGUUUCGUGGAUACCCUCUCAUUACACCAAAGUCUGGAGGACCUGGCUCAGCUAAGUCUCAAGCUAAAGCUGCUAAAUAUGCAGCUGGACUUGGUGUAGGAGCUGGAGUAGGUGGUGUACCAGGUGCUGUUCCUGGAGCAGGUGGUGUACCUGGUGCUGUACCAGGUGCUGUUCCUGGAGCAGGUGGUGUACCUGGUGCUGUUCCUGGAGCAGGUGGUGUACCAGGUGUUGUGCCUGGAGCAGGUGUUUUACCUGGUGCUGUACCUGGUGCUGUCCCUGGAGCAGGUGAUGUACCUGGUGUUGUGCCUGGAGCAGGUGGUGUUCCUGGUUUUGGUGCUGUUACUGGAGCAGGUGGUGUGCCUGGUGUUGUGCCUGGAGCAGGUGGUGUACCUGGAUUUGGUGCCGCACCUGGAGCAGGUGGUGUGCCUGGUUUUGGUGCUGGUCCUGGAGGCUUGUAUCCCAGUGGUGCUGGUACCUAUCCGGGAGGAGCAGGAGCCAAAGCACGGAAGUAUGGGAUUGGCGUUGGUGGGCUACCUGGACUUCCUGGGUCUGGUCUUGGACCUGGUGGACUUCCUGGGUCAGGAAUUGGAGCUGGUGGACUUCCUGGCUCUGGUCUUGGAGCUGGUGGACUUCCUGGCUCUGGUUAUGGAGCUGGUGGUCUUCCAGGCUCUGGUCUUGGAACUGGUGUGCUCCCUGGCUCUGGUCUUGGACCUGGUGGGCUUCCUUUAUCUGGUCUUGGACCUGGUGGGCUUCCUGGAUCUGGAAUUGGAACUGGUGUUGGACUUGGCCCUGGAGGUUAUGCUGGAGCCAAAGCAAGAAAAUAUGCUCAGCUUGGAGGCCCUGGUGGCGCUUUAGGUGCUGGAGGAUUGCCAGCAGGCUCUGGUCUUGGAGUUGGUGGGCUUCCAGGCUCUGGACUUGGAUCUGGUGUGCUCCCUGGCUCUGGUCUUGGACCUGGUGGACUUCCUGGGUCUGGAAUUGGAGCUGGUGGACUUCCUGGGUCUGGAAUUGGAGCUGGUGGACUUCCUGGGUCUGGAAUUGGAGCUGGUGGAUUUCCCGGGUCUGGAAUUAGAGCUGGUGGACUUCCUGGGUCUGGACUUGGAGCUGGUGGACUUCCUGGCUCUGGUCUUGGAGCUGGUGGACUUCCUGGGUCUGGUCUUGGAGCUGGUGGACUUCCUGGCUCUGGAAUUGGACCUGGAGGAUAUGCUGGAGCCAAAGCAAGAAAAUAUGCUCAGCUUGGAGGUCCUGGUGGGGCUUUAGGUGCUGGAGGGUUGCCAGGAGGACUUGGAACUGGUGGGGUCCCUGGCAUUGGACUGGGAGCUGGUGGACUUCCUGGCUCUGGACUUGGAGCUAGUAGACUUCCUGGGUCAGGAAUUGGAGCUGGUGGACUUCCUGGGUCAGGAAUUGGAGCUGGUGGACUUCCUGGGUCUGGACGUGGAGCUGGUGGACUUCCUGGGUCUGGAUUUGGAGCUGGUGGACUUCCUGGGUCUGGACUUGGAGCUGGUGGAUUACCUGGGUCAGGACUUGGAGCUGGUGGAUUACCUGGGUCAGGACUUGGAACUGGUGGAUUACCUGGGUCUGGAAUUGGACCUGGAGGAUAUGCGGGAGCCAAAGCAAGAAAAUAUGCUCAGCUUGGAGGUCCUGGUGGGGCUUUAGGUGCUGGAGGGUUGCCAGGAGGACUUGGGACUGGUGGACUUCCUGGCUCUGGACUUGGAACUAGUGGUCUUCCUGGCUCUGGUCUUGGAGCUGGUGGACUUCCUGGCUCUGGUUAUGGAGCUGGUGGACUUCCUGGGUCAGGAAUUGGAGCUGGUGGGCUUCCUGGGUCUGGAAUUGGAGCUGGUGGACUUCCUGGGUCAGGACUUGGAGCUGGUGGGCUUCCUGGGUCUGGACAUGGAGCUGGUGGGCUUCCUGGGUCUGGACUUGGAGCUGGUGGGCUUCCUGGGUCUGGAAUUGGAGCUGGUGGACUUCCUGGGUCAGGACUUGGAGCUGGUGGGCUUCCUGGGUCUGGACUUGGAGGAUAUGUUGCAGCCAAAGCAAGAAAAUAUGCUCAGCUUGCAGGUCCUGGUGGGGCUUUAGGUGCUGGAGGAUUGCCUGGAGGACUUGGAACUGGUGGGGUCCCUGGAAUUGGACUGGGAGCUGGUGGAAUUCCUGGCUCUGGCCUUGGAACUGGAUCACUUCCUGGGUCUGGAAUUGGAGCUGGUGGACUUCCUGGUUCAGGGAUUGGAGCUGGAGGACUUCCUGGCUCAGGUCUUGGAGCUGAUGGAUAUGCUGCAGCCAAAGCAAGAAAAUAUGCUCAGCUUGGAGGUCCUGGAGGAGCUUUAGGUGCUGGAGGAUUGCCAGGAGGACUACCAGGGGGACUUGGUGCAGGUGUUGGAGGGCUGCCUGGUGGAGGGCUUGGACCUGCUAUUGGAACUGGGGUAGGAGGUGCUGGUGGUGCCCAAGGAGGACCUGGCUCAGGAGUUGUACCAGGAGGGACAGGAAUUGGACAAAGACCAGGAGGGACAACUGGUGGCGGACCAGGUAGUGUGCCAGGUGGUGGUUUUGGACCUGGAGGAGUAUCUGGUCUUGGACCUGGGGGGUAUGCUGGAGCCAAAGCUCGCAAAUAUGGAUUCCCAAGUGGAACAGGUGGGACUGCUGGAGCAGGAUUGCCUGGAGGAUUAGGAGGGGUACUUGGUGGUGGAUUAGGACCAGGAGUACCAGCUGGUGGUUUUGGUACUGGAGUGGCACCAGGAGGUGGAGUAGGAACUGGCAGUGUACCAGCUGGAGUACCUGGUGGAGUACCUGGAGGAUAUGGUCCUGGUGGGGUACCUGGGGGAUAUGGUCCUGGUGGAGUUCCUGGGGGAUAUGGUCCUGGUGGAGUACCUGGAGGAUAUGGUCCUGGUGCAGUGCCUGGGGGAUAUGGUCCUGGUGGAGUACCUGGAGGAUAUGGUCCUGGUGCAGUGCCUGGGGGAUAUGGUCCUGGUGGAGUACCUGGAGGAUAUGGUCCUGGUGCAGUACCUGGGGGAUAUGGUUCAGCAUAUCCAAGUGGAUCAAAGGCACUUAAAUAUGGUCAGGCUGGACGUGUUACUCCAUCUGGGGUAGGUGGGCCUGCUCAAGGAUAUGGAACUGGAACAGGAUCUGUUGGUGGAUAUGGCCAGGGCACUGGAUUGAGUCCUGGGGCUGGAUAUGGACUUGGAGCAGGCAGCAUACCAGGAGGAACAGGAUUCAGAGGAGGUCCUACAGGAUAUGGACCAGGUUCAAAAGCUGCUAAAUAUGGGCAAUUAGGAGCAGGAGGAGUACUUGGCACAGGAACAGGAGGAGUAGCAAGCACUGGACAGGCUGGAUAUGGAUCAGGGGGAAAGCCACCAAAAUAUGGUCAGCCUGCUGUUGGAACUGGAACUGUUUUAGGUGGAGCAGGGUCAGUGCCUGGUGUUGUUGGGGCUGGAACCACAACCACAGGAAUAGGGACUGCAACUGGUGCAGGCACUGCUGUUGGGGCAGGAGGGGUACCAGUCACUGGAAGCAAGGCAGACAAAUAUGGAGUUCCGGACAUCAUAGGAGGAGCAACAGGAGGAUCAAGAGUUCCAGGCAGUAUACCAACAGCAUCCACGGCUCAGAGGAACAAAACAGAUGUUGAUGGAGCUAUUAAGCCUGAUAAUGACUCUACAGAAGGACAAAGUUCUACUAAGGCCCCUAGGUUGGGGGAAACAGGAGUCAUAGAGGGAUCUGGAAGUUCUAUUGGUGGUGUUCCAGGUGAAGGAGUUAGCGGUGGUCCUACCGAUGGGGACGGACUUGAUGGAGUUACUGGGACAGGAAUACCCAUCUUAGCUGGUGGUAGACCAGGCGGAGUAGGUGAUGAUCUUCCAGGAGCCAAACCUCUAAAACCUCCAGGUGGUGUCAUUCCUGGACGUGGUGAUACUCCAGGUAGAAUUGAAGAACCGAGCGGAACUGACAUUGUACUGGGCAGAGUUGAAGGUGGACCAGGUGGAGUCGGAGGAGGUCCAGGUGGAGUCGGAGGAGGACCGGGUAGAGACGGAAGAGGACCAGGUGGUGUUGGAGGAGGACCAGGUGGAGACGUAGGAGGACCAGGUGGAGUCAGUGGAGGUCCAGGUGGAGUCAGAGGAGGACCAGAUGGAGUGGGAGAAGGUCCAAUUGGUGUCCAAGGGGGUACAGGUGGAGUCGGUGGAGGACCUGGUGGAGUUGGAGGAGGACCAGGUGGACUUGGAGCAGGAACAGGCGUACAGGACACAGGAAGACCAGGCGGAGUUAGUACCAGUCCUGUAGGUGGAACAAUUAAACCCCCCAAAGGAUACGCUAGUACUUUUGGAGGACUCCUUGGUGGUAUUGGAGGCCCAGGUGGAGUGACGACGGGAACUGGCUUUUUACCUGGAAGUAGCAGUCAACUGCCAGGAGGCACAGGAACAGGACCUGGAGGUCAAAGGUUCCCAAGUGGAGCUGCUGUGGGAAGCAAAGGUCCUGGAUAUGGCCCUGGAAAGGCAGCUAAAAGCUACUGGGGAACUGGAGCACUGGGUGGUGUGGGAGCCUCAGGAGCACUUGGAGGAGUUCCUGGAGGGGUUGGCACUGGUUUAGGGGGUGUUGGUGGAGGUCAAGGGAGCAUUGGUGGAGGACCUGGUGCAGCUGGUGUUGGUCUGGGUGGUCAAGGAGGAGGUUUUGGCUACCCAGGCAGAGCAGGAUUAAGAGCUGGGAAACUUGGGAAAUCAGGAUUUGGCAGUUUGGGUGGAGCAGGAGGCCUAGGAAUUGGAGGUACAGGUGGGGCUUUAGAAGGAGGUCCUGGAGGUGUAGUUGGAGGGCUAGGAGGCAUAGGAGGAGGAGUUGGUGGCCCAGGUCGAAUCUACCCAGGUGGUGCUGGACUGGGAGCUGGAGUUGGGAAGCCUGGUAAAUCAGGAUAUGGCACUGGUGCCUUGUGGGGUCAAGGUUACCAACCAGGCAGUGGAGUGCCAGGAUACACUGGUGGUGGUGCAGGCGGCUACCAACAACCACUCCCAGGCUAUGGACAAGGAGGAGCUGGACAAGGAGGAGCUGGAAGUGCACCACUUACACCUCAACAAUCUAAAGCAGCUAAAUAUGCAGCUCUCCAAGGUGCUCUAGGGGUUGGAGGCUACAGAGGAGGAGCUGGAUGUCAAGGCAAAUACUGUGGGAGGAGGAGGAAAUGAGAGGCCUGCAGCGAGAAGUGACCUCAUGAACAAGUGGUGCUACUGCAUAAUCUUGAUUGUACUUUUUCAUUUCUGCUGGGAGAAAAGUAAAAGUAUUCCUGCUCAAAGUGCACCUCAUAACACGAUUCAGACAUGUUCGAUUCGUUUUUUUGGUUUUUUUACAUAGCAUCGAUUCAAGGAUGUAUACAGUGUGCAAUCACUCAUGCACUUAUGGCACAAUUUAACACACACACACACACACCAAGGGUUCACUGUGUUCACCAUGUCACUAAUUAAUGUUAAUUAAUUAAUGUUAAUUCACUGUAACAUCACCAUAAAUUAGCUAUAAUUUGUCUUACCAAUCAACAUAAAACACCAGGAUUGUGUUUAUUUCUGAUCCAUGUCUACACCUCAGGCAAUCUCAGUCUGUCAGCCUUCACUUUCACUUCCAUAACUGCAUAUUUAAACAUGCUGUAUGAAAAAAUGUUGCUGCUAUGUACUGUAAUAGACAAACGUGAUAGUAAUAUCAAGUUGUCAUUAAGCUAAGUGGUUCAGUCCACCUCAUCACAUACUACAUGCUUUUCUCUUUUGAUG